GGGAUUAGGUUUGCGUGGGGUGGGUUACCAGAAUCCAAAUGGCGCUCUUGAAUAGGCGAUUGGGUUUAUCCUUAACCCAUCUAAGCAGUAUGGUCAUCCAGCGACACUUCAGUAUCACUGGAGCAUGCCGAGCAAUACAGAAACUCACCCGCGUGCGAGUGGUGGACAACAGCGCCUUGGGGAAUACAUCCUACCACCGGCCACCAAAAUGUAUCCAUGUGUAUAACAAGACCGGAGUUGGAAAAGUAGGAGAUAAGAUCCUUCUGGCUAUCAAAGGAGAAAAGAAGAAGGCUUUAAUUGUAGGGCACAAGAUGCCUGGCCCCAACAUGACGCCUAGAUUUGAUUCCAACAAUGUGGUACUCAUAGAAGACAACGGAAAUCCAGUAGGGACUAGAAUAAAAACACCAAUACCCUAUAUCCUGCGACAGAGAGAAGGAGAGUUCUCCAAAGUAUUGGCCAUAGCCCGCAACUUUGUAUGAAAGCUAAGAAAGGUCUCUGGCAAUCCUUUCAUACAGUAGCUGCUUCUUGGUCCUUUUCUAGAAAAUGAUGGAAUAUGAAAAAGUUGAAGUUCAUCAAGGGUCUCUCUUCCUGUUUAAGAAGUACAAACAACUAAUUUAAAUACCUUGUUUUUCUCCAAACAUUGAUUUAUUUCCAAAGGUUGGUUUAUUUCACAGAACAUCUGCAGUGUGUUUGGUAAAAGGUCCUUCACCCUUACUGCUCUGGUGGUGUUCAUUUGGUCUCUAAUCAUUAAAAUGAGAACUUGAAAAUCCUUA